UUGAUGCAGAUACAAACGUCUUAUGCAACUGCCUCUGCAGGCAUGCACCCGUCACAUACUCUUCCCUCGAAGCUCAGGGCAAUCUCAGAGGCUGGCUUUAAAUGGACAGAAAUCGCUCUGCCAGAUCUUGAAAAAUAUGCGUCUUCAAGUUCCCACGGAUAUAAGGAACUUGACUCCUCAGGCACCGGGGACAUAGGCAAGCUUCUGGAUGCUGCGAAGGACAUAAGAAAACUCUGCGAUCAGCUAGGUCUUUGUGUCCUCACUGUCAUGCCGUUCUCGCAAUUCGAAGGCUAUGACGAUGCUUCAAAGCUUGAACAGGGAUUGAACCGUGCGAGAACUUGGUUCAAAGUAUUGAAGGCUCUACGGUGCCGAACGCUCCAGGUCGGCUCCUCGAAUGAUCCAUCUAUAAGCUCUGAUUACGACCUUAUGGCGAAAAAUCUCCAAGCUUUAGCAGAGGAGGCGGCAGUCCAAGACCCUCCAAUCCUCAUUGCGUAUGAAAUGUGGGCGUGGGGAAUACAUGUAAAUUCCUGGGAACACAUCUUUGACAUUUGCCGACGCGUAAAUCGGCCUAAUUUUGGGUUAUGUCUUGACACCUUCCAGAUAUCCGUGACCCAUAUGGCGUCGGAGAUCUGUCUACCGAAUGCUCUCUCACCAUCCAACGUCCCUCCGCCGUCGACGCCUCUGUCGGAAUCCCUUACAGAUCUUACACAUAUGCUCAGCCAGCACACAGACAAAAUAUUCUAUCUGCAAAUUAGCGAUGGCUCACGCAUCGAUCCUCAUGCGCUUGAAGCAGAGGCAAAAGCACAGGGUAUUCAUCCGUUAUAUGCAUACUCAAAUGCAUAUCGUCCUCUUCCAUUCCAGAAAGUGUCGCGUCCUGGAUUUCUUCCAGUCUUGGAUGUGAUAUGUGCUGUACUUGCGACUGGGUGGCGUGGUCCAUGGUCGUAUGAGGUUUUCUAUGCCGAAGACCAAAAUAGGGACGAUCCUGACGUUCCACGACGCUGGACGCGCGACGCUAUGGAUAGUCAUGCACGAAUCCUUGCGGAACUAGCUGUUAGUCAAAAAUAAACAUUUUAAUCAAGAUCUCAAUAGCAAUGAUGUAUGUAGGUUUCCGUAGGCGCCGACCAAAAACAAGAUUGUACCUGUGUUCCGCAACUGUUAAUAGAGAAGCACAUCAGGCUUACAUUGAAGCUGCUCGAUCAUCAAGGACAGUGCUUCUAGAUUCCGAUUCCAACCUAUCCUUCCACUGUUGUAGCAGACUACAUACUAUUCUCGUACAGUUUCUAGUGAAACAUUGAAUUUGCC